CCAAAUGCAAACGCUCCCGUUCGCCCACUGAGGAUACUUUGAACAAUAAUAAAACUCAGAAGGUUCUAGUCACACAGAAAAUAAGCGACGCUUCUGAUCCGGAAAAAUGAAGCAAGUACAUGAAAAAACUAAAAAGCUGUUGUUUGCCGGUGCCGUUGCUGCAGCUGCAGCAUCUCCGAGCUCUGACGGCACUCCGGCUAACGGUGCCACCACCAAUGCUGGAAACGGUACAAACGCUCCAUCGACGGGGCAACAUAUGCUAUAUGGACUCACAGGCAACGGCAGCAUUUCAAUUCGAAACAUGGCGAGCAAGCGCUCACGCUGCUGCCAGCGUCAGACCCUAAUACACGACCGUUGUGGCAACUGCACUAAUUACUUGUGCGAGGAGUGCGGCUACUCCUGCCGCGAGUGUUCCAAGUUCAUUUGCCGCGCAUGCGUUACUGUAUUUGGUAAUCAUUUUGAUGAGGCCGAUGAUCCGUUGUGCGAGCGAUGCCAAAUGUAUUAUGCUUAGGCAAUACGUAAAUCGGGCUGGUGCCUUCUCCGCCACAUACAACACACUACACAACACAUACACUGAUUCUGGUUUAAGCUCCGGGGGAAAUUUGCAGAGCAACAAGUUGGAAACAAAUAAAUACAUACAUAUAAUCAAAACCUGGUCAUUGAAUCCCCCGCAAAGCCACUGGACACUUACAAAGAACGCUAAAACAUUUCCAAAGAAUAAGUGGCACUUUCUCAAGAUCCUUGACCAGGCUUUUUUUUAAAAUUUUCUAAGACACGUGGUUCCGUUUUUUUUUUGUUGGCUUCCAAUAUGGCGGUACUCGGUACAACAUG